UGGAGAGUUCCUCUCAUGUCCGGGGGCCACACAGUUGCAACCCAGACCUUGUCGAGGGUAGACGUGUUACGUGUGCUUCUCCCAGUGUUCCUAGCCAAAUCAUCUAGCUGCAUGUCUCGAACGGUAGUGAUGGAACGGCGCCCUGGUUGGUGGUGGAGAGGUGUUGGGGUGGUGGCAGUGGUGAUGACCUUGUUACCCCACCUGGUGAUGACCCAGAACCUGCUUCCUCCUUGUGACAGUGAGAUCUUCUGCCACGGGGAGCUGCUCAAGACAGUACAGAUGGCCCGCCUGCACAACGAUUCUAAGUACUUCGUGGACAUGGGUCUUAAGAACACCACUGAUGCUACCCUCCUAGCCUUCAACCAGCUGAUGGAACGAACUGACAGGGAACCCAGCAAGAAGGAGGUGAAAGCGUUUGUUGACGAGUACUUCCAUGAACCUGGCAAGGAGUUCGAAGAGUGGGUCCCCAGCGAUUGGAACAGCGACCCUGAAUUCCUGAAGAAAGUGGUGGAUCCCGCCCUGGAAGAGUGGGGCCUCAAACUGAACGGCCUCUGGAAGCAGCUCGGCCGUAAGAUCUCUGAAGACGUACAGCUUGAACCUGAUAGAUACUCCCAGAUCUAUGUACCCAACCCAGUCAUCGUCCCUGGCGGCAGGUUCAGGGAGUUCUACUAUUGGGACUCGUACUGGACCAUUGAUGCCCUGCUGCUGUCACAGAUGAACGAGACGGUGAAAGGGAUGUUGGAGAACUUUGUCGAGAUGGUCAAGGAAUAUGGAAUGGUGCCCAACGGAGGCCGUAUCUACUACACCCGCAGGAGUCAGCCACCCUACCUCAUCCCCAUGGUGAAGCUCUACAUGGACCAUACCAACGACUUAGAGUUCCUUGCGCAAAUUAUUGAUAAGCUAGAAGAAGAGUUCCUGUUUUGGGAGAAUGACCGUUCAGUUGAGUUGCAAGACCGAUCUGGCAAGACCCACACUGUGGCCCAGUACCGUGUCAAUAUUGGGGGGCCUAGACCAGAGUCUUACAGGGAAGAUUACAAUUUGGCUCAGCAGUUGCCAACAGAGGAACAAGAGGACUUGUAUGUACAGAUGAAGUCAGGUGCCGAGUCUGGCUGGGACUACUCUACCCGCUGGUUCAUCAAUAACAACACAAAUAAAGGUACAUUGUUGAAUGUUAAUGUAACAUCCAUCGUGCCUGUGGACCUCAACAGUCUGCUGUGUAUGAACGCCCGGAUCCUCAGCCAGUUUUACAUUAAGCUGGGAAACUACAGCAUGUCAAAGCUUUAUAAAGACAUAGCCGAUCAGAAGAAUGAGACCAUGGCCAAGAUAUUCUGGGACGAUACAGAUGGAACUUGGUAUGACAUUGAUAUAAAUGCCGAUGGAAAGAGAAGGCACUUCUACUUGUCCAACAUUCAUCCCAUCUGGAGUGACUGUUAUGGACAGGAAGGUCCCCGUGCCCACACUAUUGAGAAAGUCAUCAAAUACCUCAAGAAGAAUGAUGUUCUUAAAUAUAAGAGCGGUGUGCCUACUUCCCUCGAGAAAAGUGGGCAGCAGUGGGACUUCCCUAAUGCAUGGGCACCACUCCAGCACUUAAUCAUCAUGGGACUGUACGAGGCCCGCUCUAUCCACCACGAAGCUGAGAGUUUAUCCUUUAGCUUGGCUGAGAAGUGGAUCAGAACUAACUGGCAGUCCUAUCAACAGUCUACACCUCAUGCCAUGUUUGAAAAGUACAACGUGAGUGUGAUGGGUCUACCAGGAGGUGGUGGAGAGUACGACGUUCAGGUGGGCUUUGGCUGGAGCAAUGGUGUAGCCCUACGUCUGCUGGAUGUCUAUGGGGACCGUCUAACUGCCACUACAGGAGGAGCCGUAGCACCCAGGACUGCCUCUCUAUGGAUCAUACUCCUGAUUAGUUUCUUACCCUUAGGAAUACGAUCACUCUUUGGCACUCCUUAAAAUGAUUGUGGAGUAUGAUUACAUCUCUAAUGUGGUUCAUUUAGUAUUGAUGGGAUCACUUGGACACGAGUGUGGUAAUCAAUAUGUUGGAGUGGGUGAAGUGUAACAAGUAGAGGUCAGUUAGUUUGAUCGCUCUGUCUUGGUCACCAAUGAUUCUUAUUUGUAUAUACUGGAAGAAAUGAGUCGAAGGUGUUCUAAUGUCUACAAGUGAUAAAAAUGUGUUUAUCAAAUUGGGCCUUCAACAGGAAAUACUUUUUAUUUUAAAGUUUUGUCCUCUCACUUACUACUUACAGUUAGUCAUUCAUUUGCAUGGUGCAGGACAUCAGCUAUAAAACUCAGAGACUUUGUUAUUCUACGAUAUAUCCUGCCUCUUGUUUUUAUUUAUUACAUCAACCAGAUAUUGACAAUUCUUAAGAUAAAAUGGAACUCGGAUUUUGCUAACAACAUGUGUCAUUAUUUUUUAUCUAUAUACGAGGUGUGAUCCAAAAGUUCCUAAACUGGCUUCAUAAAAUCUUUGUUUUUCAAGAUAUUACAGUGAAACUUUAGUCACACUCAAAAUAGUCUCCAUUCAAUUCAAUUCAACUCAAUUCAGAGGCCUCAGUGCAGUGCUGAAUCUGCUCCUCCUACUUCUGGAAGCAGAUCUGGAAGUCCUCAUUGGUGAGGCUGGAGAGCACCUUCUGCGAUAUUUCCUGGAUCUCCAUUCUGUCCAUGAACUUCUUCCCUUUGAGGUUCAACUUGAACUGGAGUGUAUGGAGGACCACUGGAAUUCCGUGCUUUGCCAGAAAAUCAUUCACAGAGAGGGCAGAGUGCGCAGGUGUGUUGUCCUGGUGAAGCAGCCAAUUGCCGGUCGUCAGUCAGAAUCCGGUUAACAUUUCUAUAGGAGAAGUGCAGUCACUCUGUAAUCUCACAGAUGGUCACCCUACCAUCUUCAUGGACAAGCUGGUCAUUUUUCUGGACAUUUUCAUCAUUUCUCUCAGUGGAAGGCCGCCCAGAACGAUGCUCAUUUUCUUUGAAGUGCUUGUGCCACCUGAAAACUUGUAGGCUUCCUUGAUCAUUUCAUGGGUUUUUGCACCAUUUUUUCCUAUUCUGAAGCCAAAUCUGAUGGCACAGCAUUGCUCAAUACUUCCCUCCAUGUUGGGGGUCGAGUGCCGACUGACUUGACUUAGCAGAUAGGCCGGUACACACACUCACAGAAAACUUCACUACAGCCGGCUGGCGCCACAGAUUCCCGCCAAAUCGACGCGGUAAACAACUUAUACCCAAGGUGAGUAACUGCUGAUGAUUCGAUUUUGAUCUCUGCUAAGAGAAAGGUUUUAUGAAACCAGUCUUGGAACUUUUGGAUCACACCUUGUAGAUUAUUGGUUCACAAGAUAAUUAAGGGGCUUAAUUAUUAGAUAUAUUCCUAUCUGUUUAACAUAAACUAGGAGCAGUUAAAGGGGCCAAUGGAAAGAGUGGUUAUAGUUUUGGUCUCUGCUUUUUCUCUCAAUAAACUUGUUUAUAUUUAUUAUUUGUGAGGCAUCCUAAGAGAGUUUAUACCUAUUGUUAUGUUAAUGAUGUAAACUACUGUACUGGCAGCUUUAAGUAAAAACCAUGAUCAUUCUUAUUGGAUAGUGAUGUAUAAGUGAGGGGAUGAGUGUGUUUAUAAGAGAGUUCUUGAAGUAUUAAGGAAGGGCUUUAAUGUAGACUUACUUUUCUUGUAGUUUGAAACUCCUUGAAAUAUUUGUGGGUUUGUUUACUCUGUAAAUGUUGCAUGAUCGUUGCUUUUGACUCAAGGCAAUCAAUGCAUUUUAUCAUGGAUCCUGAGGCUACAUUUAAACCUAAAUGAUAAAUACUGUAUCUAAUUUAUUAUAGCACCACAAGAAAGAUUCGAUAUUGCAUCAUAUUUCUUUAGGGAAUAUGAGUGACAAUCUACCUUCUCUUUGAAGAAGAAAUUCUCAUCUCUGUUUCUGUUAACGGAAAUAUAAGAUCGAGAUAUGUGACUACUGUACUGUUUGUACAGUAGAAUGUUCUGUUUUAUUGCACAGUGUCGAAGGAUUCAGUCACACACGUAUUGCUUAUAAUGCACCUUGUCUAUAUGUCUUUUAGAUUUUAUUUAGUCUUUUUGAUCUCUUAAUGUGAUGUUUCUAUUGUUUAUAAUUGAUAAGGCAUUAUAUUACUAACAGCGCCAAGACCAUUUAUAAGCUGUAUGAUGUUAGUAUUCUUUAAUGUUUGAUAAGUCAUAUGUUAGUACAGGAGCGGAGCCUUAUUGUACUGUAUAUUCUGAGAUGGAUUAGUCCAGAUUUCUUGCCAUUCAGAGAUAAGUAUUCAUACAAGUACUGAUAUCUCAUUUUGUCUACAAGUAUGUUUCCUUUAAAGCCAACUGGAUACCAAGUAAAAAUCUCUUGCAGAUCAUCUGGAUCUCACUAGCUUGUUUUGCUUAAGGUGACCUCAGAUGGAUUCUUAAGGUUCUCUGAGCAGCACUAAAAGGCAACUACAAGGAGCAGCCUUAGAGUCUUUUGUAUUACUGGCUCAUGACCAGUGAUUAGGAUGGGUCCCAAGUGAGAGUUCAGGGUCUGCAACAGUUUGCUGGAAAGAACUCUUAAUAAACAAAAUAUAAAAAGUUAAAGCUUCUCUUAUGGGUAAUUUUAAAUACGGGUAAUGCAAAAAUUUGAGUGGCAUUUUUUUUCACAUUUUGGGAUCUAAUUAUCAGAUACUGAUAUUAUUUUUUGAUACAUUAAAUUAAUAAUUAGUAUUAUAAAUUUGUGGUCAGGCAUUGAUUACAUUGUAUCACCACUUUUGCAAGAUUUUGAGCAGUAGAAAGAAUCAGAAGAUAUUGCCAUUUGAGUUCUUUCCAGCAACUUGGUAGGCAUUUUUUAAUUCCUAAGUGGUGACUAUCUGAAGUACAUGCCAUGCAAGUGCUUCUUCUCGUUUACCAGAUUGGCUUUACUAUUUGUGAGUGCUAGUUAAAAUUGGCUUUACUCUGUUAGAGUUAGCAGUGAUAACUUCCAGUCUCUGUUGUCUUUGAAUCUUUAUAUUUAGCCAUUGUUUAGAUGCUUCAGCUUCUAAACAUGAAAACACAAACACUCCUCACAGACUAUACACUGUUUACACUAUCUGAAUCCAUAGUUCUCCUUAUACACUUGCAUUGUAGGGGAGGGAAUUAUCCAUGGAAAGUUUAUAGUAAAGUGCUGUUAAUAUAUAUUAUAUUGUAAUUAUACCAUAAACAUUUAUGGAAAUCUGAAUUUAUAGAUGAGAAACAAAAUAAUGAAAAGCUAAUUUAAACAAUUGAAUAGUUCUUUGUCAAAUUUAGGUGAUUUAUUACAGUACAGUAUACUGUACUUAUCCAUAUGAUAUUUAUUAUAAAAGUUGAUUUAUGUGAUAUCCAUCAAUAUAAUCAGUAUAGCUUUUAGUAAAAAAUGGCACUGAGGUUAUAAAAUAUCAAAAGUUUAUCAUUCCAAUGCUUUUUUGUGGAUUGUGUAGUGCACUGGUUCAUCUUGUGUAUGGGAUCAUGUCCAUUAUCUUCACAGCCACAUUCCUGUUUCAUAUUUUGGUAAACCCUUUCCUACCCCAAGACCAAUACAUUCAUUGCAGAUAAAAACAAAUCAACAUGCCCCUCUCAUGCUUACAAACAUGUUGAUUCUUCCUUUUCAUGCUUAUAUUUGUGAUAAUCUGUACUUUAAUUAGAUUUAACCUUCCUUGUGGAGCCAUGACUGGUCUUCUCACAAGCUGGUGAUGAGGCAUGAUUCAUGGUGUGCCAAAGAGCUUUUCAUAGGAAGGCAAAAGGAACCAAAUGUAGUUUAACUGAUUACCCAUUGUUCGAGUCAGUUGGCCAUAUUGUUUGUCACCUCAAAAUUGGCAUUGAAACCCACAAAUGGAAAAUUAAUUAUAUAAGACGAAACUUUAAUCAAACUAGAAUCUUUAUCAGUUUCAUGUUGAUUAUGGUUUGAAUAAAAUUUUGUGUAUCGUCUAAUAUACACUGAUUUUCUAACUAUGGGGUUUAAUAUAAUCUAUUUUUACAUCACUGUGAUUGCGUCAUCUACCUCCAGUGUUGUAGACCUACUACAGGGUGGUUGAAUGUCAUGUGUGGUUUCCAAAUAUACCUUUGGCAUUUUAUAUAUGCUGUGCUCAACCAUAGGUCACAGACCAAAUGUUUGUACGCAUGUAAAACAUACUAAGCAUUUUGUAUGGCUGUAGUUUAAAGGUGUAUGUUAUACUUAACUACACUGUAAGCUUACAACAGUGGAGGUGUUUGAAAAUCUAGCCAAGUCUGAUAUCUCAGCCAAAGUUUGAGGCAUUGGCAGCCAGCACUGACGCCCGAGGAAGAGCGAUACAGACCUGAACCUCCAAGAUGAUAAUUGAUUUACAUCUUGGAGAUGUAUUUAGAAGGAGGUAAUGGCUAUACAUAAUUAGGAGUUUAAUGAUCAGUUAAUGACAUCACAGUUUUAGUUUUGUCAGUACUGUACAGUAGUUCAGAAAGUGGUGAAUAUGGCAAAAUCAUCUUUAUUAACAAUUGUGCAAAAUUUUAUGAAUGAAGCCAGGCUAGCUCAUCUUCUCCUGUGUACUGUAAGAUUUAAAUACACUACUGUACACUCUUAAGUAUGAAUAGCUUUUACCGCAUGAAAUAUUAGACAAUAGGUCUGAGCUUAAGUGCCAUGGCUGCAAUCUACAGUAUUGACACUCUUUGAAAUCUCGAUCAUAUUGCAUCGAGUUUAAGAGUGGUUGUUGGUGUUUCAAAGAGAGUACGGUAGUGAAUAAUAAUACCGUGCUCAUUUCAUGCUGAUUAAGGCAUCAACCACUGUCUUUGUAUUUGUCGUCUAUUCAACAGACAUAUCGAACAUUUCCACAAAUCUGCACAAACUCUGGAUACUAGGAAGGUGCAACUCAUAGUGGACUGUAUGUGUGUGUGUAGUCUUUCAUUAUAUUGUGUGGUAAAUGAAUGAAAAAUGUAUGAAAUAGCUGUAGAAGAGACCGGAGAGCUUAUGUGGUGGUGAUACACUGUGUAAUAAUAAUCAUAUCCUACAGUGAUGACCAAACCAUGAGUUAUUCAUUCUCAUCAGAAAAUGUUUCACCGAGUACUUCUUAAGUUAUGAUCAGUAGGAUUUGUCUGAAUAUUAUGAAAAUAUUAUAGAAUUACAAGUAUGUAAUCAUUUAAUUGAGUUUGAAAUUGUGAUAUUUUAUGGGGAUUCCUAUUUCAGAGAUAAAAGUACCGCCAUAAUAUAAGACUUAUACAACAGACACACUCGGCUGAGCACUGCAGUCACUGUAGCGGCACAACACUGAUUCUCUCAAAGUUCGCUGCCUCUACUCUCGUAUCAUAUUAACACACUAAGUGUUAGAAAACUUUAAAAUUUGUGUAGUACAAUAAUUAGGUAUUGAUCCAGGGCCUAAAGUAAACAUUAGUGACACUUACUUGAAAGCUGUGGUCAGUGUUGCUACUCCGUGAGUGCACGGCUCAACUAGGGCCAAUUAUCUUUAUAUGAGUCUAAGUAUAUUGUCUAUGUGUUCUGUACAUUAUAACUUCUCUACGUUGUUGUGGUCGUGCAGUGUGAUGAUGAUGUCUGUGUGCUGGCAGUAGUGAUAAGCCUUGGUUCAUCAAUUAGAUAUUUGAAUUCAGUAGAUAAAGCAGUGUUUUAUAAGUACCCCUGUAUUCACUUUCAUCAUAGAAAAAUUAUCUUGCUGUGAAUGAUGAAAAUGCUUUAUCACUGUCUGCCUGAGGUUGGCAUUCUUUGAUAUAUUAAAGUGUGUGUACAUUUGGUCUUAUGUAAACUAUUAGUGUACCAGUAUAUUAUGUGUAUGUUGGAAAGAGGAAUAUAGAAUAAACCUUAAAUUUUC